UCCAACAGCUGGAACGCCAGCGGCAGCCCCGGGGAGGGGCAGGAAGAUGGACAGGAGGGAAUGGACAAGAGUCUGGACAAUGAUGCCGAGGGGGUGUGGAGUCCAGACAUUGAGCAGAGCUUCCAGGAGGCACUGGCGAUCUACCCCCCCUGCGGCCGGCGGAAAAUCAUCCUCUCGGACGAAGGCAAGAUGUACGGUCGCAAUGAAUUGAUAGCGAGAUACAUCAAGCUCCGGACGGGGAAAACACGGACGAGAAAACAGGUCUCUAGCCACUUGCAGGUUCUAGCCAGACGGAAAUCUCGCGAGAUUCAGUCCAAGCUGAAGGCCAUGAACUUGGACCAGGUCUCGAAGGACAAGGCCCUGCAGAGUAUGGCCUCCAUGUCAUCUGCACAGAUCGUAUCCGCCAGCGUCCUGCAGAACAAACUCAGCCCCCCUCCUCCUCUUCCUCAGGCUGUCUUCUCUGCUCCCACCAGGUUUUGGAGCGGACAGCCUGGACCCUCUCAGGACAUUAAACCAUUUGCACAACCAGCCUACCCCAUCCAGCCACCAAUGCCUCCAUCACUAGCCAGUUACGAGCCCCUGGCUCCUCUCCCACCGGCUGCCUCGGCCGUGCCCGUCUGGCAGGACCGCACCAUCGCCUCCGCCAAGCUGCGGCUCCUGGAAUACUCGGCGUUCAUGGAGGUGCCGCGGGAUGCUGAAACGUAUAGCAAACACCUCUUCGUGCACAUUGGGCAGACGAACCCCUCGUACAGCGACCCCCUGCUGGAGGCGGUGGACAUCCGCCAGAUCUAUGACAAGUUCCCCGAGAAGAAGGGGGGCCUGAAGGAGCUCUACGAGAGAGGACCCCAGAACUCCUUCUUCCUUGUCAAGUUCUGGGCGGAUCUGAACAGCACUAUCCAGGACGGUCCUGGGACCUUCUAUGGCGUGAGCAGCCAGUACAGCAGCGCAGAGAACAUGACCGUCACCGUCUCCACCAAGGUGUGCUCCUUCGGGAAGCAAGUCGUCGAGAAGGUAGAGACAGAGUACGCACGGCUGGAGAAUGGCCGGUUCGUCUAUCGAAUCCAUCGGUCCCCCAUGUGCGAAUAUAUGAUCAACUUCAUCCACAAACUCAAGCAUCUCCCGGAGAAGUACAUGAUGAACAGCGUCCUGGAGAAUUUCACCAUCCUGCAGGUUGUUACGAAUAGGGAUACCCAGGAAACCUUGCUCUGUAUAGCCUUUGUUUUUGAGGUAUCCACCAGCGAGCACGGCGCCCAGCACCACGUAUACAAGUUGGUCAAAGACUAG